GAACACACACUGAUUCUGAAUUUUGGGGUAUACAAGAAAGAGAUCUACAGAGGAAUCAGAUCAAUCAACAAUGGCGGAGGAAUUGGUGUUGGACACCGCGAUCAGAGACUGGGUGCUAAUACCGUUAUCGGUAGUUAUGGUUCUCAUCGGAGUACUUCGUUACUUUGUCUCCAAGCUCAUGCGUACUUCUCAAUUGCCCGAUGCCAAAAUCAUCAAAGAAGGGCAAGUUAUAAUCAGGGCUAGAAACCUCCGGGCAGCUGCUAAUUUUAUACCAGCGAAGGCAUUUCGUGCUCGGAAGUUAUAUUAUACGAAUGAGGAUAACGGUCUACUUCAUGUUCCCAAGGGCCAGGCUCAGAAUCCACAGGCACAAAUGUUCUCUGAUCCAAACAUGGCCAUGGAUAUGAUGAAGAAGAAUCUUUCAAUGAUCAUACCACAGACCCUCACUUUUGCAUGGGUUAACUUCUUCUUUUCUGGGUUUGUAGCAGCAAAGAUACCUUUUCCAUUGACUCAGAGGUUUAGAUCCAUGUUACAGAACGGGAUUGACUUGAGUACUGUUGAUGUCAGCUAUGUUAGCAGUCGCUCUUGGUACUUCCUUAAUCUGUUCGGGUUGAGAGGUUUAUUUAGUCUCAUUCUGGGAGAGGAAAAUGCCACAGAUGAUACACAGCGGAUGAUGCAAAUGAGUGGAUUUGGCUUUGAUCCGUCCAAGGUUUGAUCUGCUAGGCUUGAAGAAGGCAGAGGAAAUGUGGUUUAUAUUGUACCAUAUCUCACUUUUUGCUGGUGGUUGGAAGGGUUAUGUUGAAUUUUGUUACACAUCUCUAGAAAAUCCAUCUAUAUGCAUCUUGGGGGGCACCUGAUCCUGUUUAGGAGCCAACCCUAUCUUUUGCUAGGUAUUAUGUUCUGCAAAACAAGAAACAAAGUGCAUGUAUUGAAAGCAUGUGUAUUAUCUCGCACAAAUAUUUUAAUCUAAAACUUGGUUCUUUUGACAAAAUGAUAUUGGCCAGAGAAAACAUGACUGAUAUUUCUGUUAUCUGUUUGGACCAAUGAAUAGGCUUGUGAAUUAAACCAUCCCUUUGAGUAAAUUAGUUUACAUCAGUUUAUAAAAGUAAGCAUCUUAUCCAUGAUGAAGGAUCAUGUAAGAACAGGAGU